AUGAUUACUGAUACUCACCUCGAAAAGGUCAAAAAGGAUCAGGAUACACGCACUACUUUUAUGAUCAGGAACAUUCCAAACAAGUAUACCCAGAAAAUGUUGAUGGACUGCAUUAAUGCCACUCAUGCAAACACGUAUGAUUUUCUUUAUCUUCGUAUUGAUUUUCAAAACAAGUGCAAUGUUGGUUAUGCUUUUAUCAACUUUAUUGAUCCCAAGAGUGUAAUUUCAUUUGCUCAAGAAAGACUGGGAAAGAAAUGGCAAUGUAGGGAACAUUUUAAUUCAGAUAAACGUUGUGCUUUAUCUUAUGCUAACAUUCAAGGAAAGACAGCUCUCAUCAAAAAGUUCAAGAAUUCUCAAGUUAUGUCUGAAGAUGUUGCUUACAGGCCUAAAAUCUUUUAUUCCAGUGGUCCUAACAAAGGUAAAGAACAAGAAUUUCCUUCUCUUGAACGCAAAUCUCGCCGUUAA